AACAUAGUCAUUGCUCUGACAGUGUUGUGAAGGGAGCAGAAGAGGAGAAACCUAAUCUCCGAACCCAACAACACCUAGCAACAGUUGAAAAAACUUUUAAACAAAAGUCUGGGUGGGAGAUAUACAACAACUUCCAAUUUCUGCUGAUCGGGAUUUCAGGGAGAAGAAGCUGCUUUCCCCCUCUCUACUCUGUUUCCUGCAUGACUUCAGCUAUUGGCUAGUCCUGGGAAAGAAAGUGGGAAAAGCUUUUUCCUCUGUAUUCUUUUGGGCUGGAUAGUUUUUGAGAACUCGAAUCUGUCUUGGGCUGUGACACAAGCCACUGGGUUCUUCAAAGGAUAAACUACCUACAUAGAGGACAUACCUUUGGUUAAAAGAGCUGCCGUCAGGUGGGAAUGAGAUCUCGAAACCAAGGUGGUGAAAGUGCAUCUGAUGGGCAUAUCUCCUGUCCCAAGCCCUCCAUCAUCGGCAAUGCUGGUGAAAAAAGUCUCUCAGAAGAUGCAAAAAAGAAGAAGAAAUCAAAUAGGAAGGAGGAUGAUGUCAUGGCCUCAGGAACUGUCAAACGCCACCUAAAAACAUCUGGAGAAAGUGAACGAAAGACUAAGAAAUCCCUGGAGUUAUCCAAAGAAGACCUCAUCCAACUACUCAGUAUAAUGGAAGGGGAGUUGCAGGCCAGAGAAGAUGUGAUCCAUAUGCUGAAGACAGAGAAAACCAAGCCUGAGGUUCUGGAGGCUCAUUACGGGUCUGCGGAGCCAGAGAAAGUGCUGCGGGUCCUGCACCGAGAUGCCAUUCUUGCCCAGGAGAAAUCCAUAGGAGAAGAUGUCUAUGAGAAACCGAUUUCAGAGCUGGACAGACUUGAGGAAAAACAGAAAGAAACCUACCGGCGCAUGCUAGAGCAGCUGUUGCUGGCCGAGAAGUGUCACAGGCGCACCGUGUACGAGUUAGAGAACGAGAAGCAUAAACACACUGACUACAUGAACAAGAGUGACGACUUCACCAACCUGCUGGAGCAGGAGCGGGAGAGGUUAAAAAAGCUCCUUGAACAAGAAAAGGCUUAUCAAGCCCGCAAAGAAAAGGAAAAUGCUAAACGACUCAAUAAACUAAGAGAUGAGCUUGUUAAACUCAAGUCCUUUGCACUCAUGCUGGUGGAUGAAAGACAAAUGCACAUUGAACAACUUGGCCUGCAAAGCCAGAAAGUACAGGAUCUUACUCAGAAGCUGAGGGAAGAAGAAGAAAAGCUCAAAGCCAUUACUUCCAAAUCCAAAGAAGACAGACAGAAAUUGCUCAAGUUAGAAGUGGACUUUGAACACAAGGCUUUGAGGUUUUCUCAAGAGCAUGAAGAGAUGAACGCUAAACUGGCUAAUCAAGAGUCUCACAAUAGGCAACUUAGACUCAAGCUGGUUGGCUUAACCCAAAGAAUCGAGGAGCUAGAAGAGACCAACAAAAAUCUGCAGAAGGCAGAGGAAGAACUUCAGGAAUUAAGAGAUAAAAUUGCCAAAGGAGAAUGUGGAAACUCUAGCCUCAUGGCAGAAGUGGAAAAUCUUCGAAAGCGUGUGCUUGAAAUGGAAGGUAAAGAUGAGGAGAUCACUAAAACUGAAUCCCAGUGUAGGGAAUUGAGGAAGAAGCUGCAAGAGGAAGAACACCAUAGUAAGGAGCUCAAACUUGAAGUUGAGAAGCUACAGAAGAGAAUGUCUGAACUAGAGAAAUUGGAAGAAGCAUUUAGCAAGAGUAAAUCUGAGUGCACCCAGCUACAUUUAAACCUGGAGAAAGAAAAGAACUUAACCAAAGACCUGCUGAAUGAAUUGGAGGUGGUCAAGAGUCGAGUUAAAGAAUUGGAAUGUUCUGAAAGUAGAUUGGAAAAGGCUGAAUUAAGCCUAAAAGAUGAUCUUACGAAGUUGAAGUCAUUUACCGUGAUGCUGGUUGAUGAAAGGAAAAAUAUGAUGGAAAAAAUAAAGCAGGAAGAGAGAAAAGUGGAUGGACUCAAUAAAAAUUUUAAGGUGGAACAAGGAAAAGUUAUGGAUGUAACUGAAAAACUAAUUGAGGAAAGUAAGAAGCUUUUAAAACUAAAAUCUGAAAUGGAGGAAAAAGUAUACAACUUGACAAGAGAAAGAGAUGAGUUGAUAGGCAAAUUGAAAAGUGAAGAAGAAAAAUCCUCUGAAUUAAGCUGCAGUGUUGACUUACUAAAGAAGAGACUUGAUGGUAUAGAGGAAGUGGAAAGAGAAAUAACAAGAGGAAGGUCACGAAAAGGGUCUGAGCUCACCUGCCCGGAAGAUAAUAAGAUUAAGGAACUAACACUUGAAAUUGAGAGACUGAAGAAACGUCUCCAACAAUUGGAAGUGGUCGAAGGGGAUUUGAUGAAGACAGAAGAUGAGUAUGAUCAGCUGGAACAGAAAUUUAGAACUGAGCAGGAUAAGGCUAACUUCCUCUCUCAACAACUAGAGGAGAUCAAGCACCAAAUUGCCAAGAAUAAAGCAAUAGAGAAGGGUGAGGUUGUGAGCCAGGAAGCUGAACUGAGACACAGAUUUCGGUUGGAAGAAGCUAAAAGUCGAGACUUAAAAGCCGAAGUACAAGCUCUUAAAGAGAAGAUUCACGAAUUAAUGAACAAAGAAGAUCAGCUUUCUCAGCUCCAGGUAGAUUAUUCUGUACUUCAACAAAGGUUUAUGGAAGAAGAAAAUAAGAACAAAAACAUGGGGCAGGAGGUCCUCAAUCUGACCAAAGAGUUGGAGCUUUCCAAGCGCUACAGCAGAGCUCUUAGGCCCAGUGUGAAUGGAAGAAGAAUGGUGGAUGUUCCUGUGACGUCAACUGGAGUCCAAACUGAUGCAGUCAGCAGUGAAGCAACAGAGGAAGAAACGCCAGCUGUAUUCAUACGGAAAUCCUUCCAGGAAGAAAAUCAUAUUAUGAGUAAUCUUCGGCAGGUGGGAUUGAAGAAACCCAUGGAAAGAUCCUCUGUUCUAGACAGGUAUCCUCCAGCAGCAAAUGAGCUCACUAUGAGAAAGUCUUGGAUUCCAUGGAUGAGAAAGAGGGAAAAUGGCCCCUCAAUCACUCAGGAGAAAGGGCCCCGAACAAAUUCCAGUCCAGGGCACCCAGGAGAGGUAGUCCUUUCACCAAAGCAGGGCCAGCCCCUGCAUAUUCGAGUGACACCAGACCACCAGAACAGCACUGCGACUUUGGAGAUAACGAGCCCGACAUCUGAAGAGUUUUUUUCUAGUACCACUGUCAUUCCUACCUUAGGGAAUCAGAAACCAAGAAUAACCAUUAUCCCAUCACCAAACGUUAUGCCUCAAAAACAAAAAAGUGGAGAUACUACUCUCGGCCCAGAACGAGCCAUGUCCCCAGUCACAAUUACUACAUUUUCCAGAGAGAAGACUCCAGAAAGUGGAAGAGGCACAUUCGCAGACAGGUCCACAUCUCCUAUUCAGAUAAUGACGGUGUCUACAUCAGCAGCACCAGCUGAGAUUGCAGUUUCUCCCGAAUCCCAGGAAAUGCCCAUGGGACGGACAAUCCUCAAAGUCACCCCAGAAAAACAGACUGUUCCAACUCCAGUACGGAAAUACAACUCCAAUGCCAAUAUCAUAACCACAGAGGACAAUAAAAUUCACAUUCACUUAGGGUCUCAGUUUAAACGGUCCCCUGGGACUUCAGGUGAAGGAGUCAGUCCAGUUAUUACUGUCCGACCAGUAAACGUGACAGCCGAAAAGGAGGUUUCCACCGGCACUGUCCUUCGCUCUCCCAGGAACCACCUCUCCUCACGGCCUGGUGCAAGCAAAGUGACGAGCACUAUCACCAUAACACCGGUCACAACGUCAUCUGCUCGAGGAACCCAGUCAGUGUCAGGACAAGACGGGUCAUCCCAGCGGCCUACACCCACCCGCAUUCCUAUGUCAAAAGAAAGCAUCAUCAUUCACCAGUUACGAAUGAACUCCAGAUGAAAUGGUAAACCAAGCACAUACUGGGUGUGUGUACGACCUCUGAAUCCCUAUUGAAUGGACAGCCCUCAAUCAUGACUAAGGUCCUCCAUGCUACUGAUCACUACUGGAAAUAUUUUACUACUUCCAGUGAUUUUUUUUUUAAGGAUAUAAUGUAAAAGCUGAAAAUGGCCUUGCUGAUAAUAUGAAAAUAUGUAGCAAGAGCAAUUCAAUCUAUGUGCCAAAAGAAAUUUCUUUUUGCAAAGCUUUCAGGUCUAUGGGCACACGCUGUAUAACUUAUUUUUUAUAAUACAUUUUGUAAUGUGAUUUUUUUUCCUAAAGUGUUUCCCUUUUUCAUAGUCUCUGGCACAUAUAUCUACGGAAUACGCUGUCAGUUCUUCAAAGUACUAGUAUUGUUGCAUUCAAAAUGGUAACCUAUAAUUAUUUUCUUUUUAUCAAUUUGUGAAUUCCGAGAAAAAGAAAGUACAACUUUAUUUCCUGAGGUAAAUUCAAGAGGUAAAACUUAGAAGCAGGAGAUUCUCGAAGAGGUUUAACUAUUGCUUGUACAAUGCUAUGGUUCUGAUCAUGAUUCAAUACUAACAAAUAAUGCUCUGACUUAACAGCUUAAUUUUAAAUACUAAAAAUCAGUUUCUAAAGUUGCUCUUUCUGGUGUUCUGGGCCAAAAACCUUGGAUGAAAUGAUUUUUAUGUACAACAAAUUCAUAAAAGGAGAUGUACCAGUUUAACCAGUAAGGGUAAUAAGAACAGCUUCGACUGACAGUUCAAUUACACUUCUGAUUGCAUUAUUUACUUGUAUGUAUAAGACUUAUAAUAAGGACUGUGAAAUAAAGAUAGUUCUCACAAUCUAAUCCAAUCAAAACUUGAAUAUAAAAACAGACCUAAAAUGUCAGGAUCUUUUUAAAAAAAUAAGACUGGGCAUGGUGGGUCAUGCCUGUAAUCCCAGCACUUUGGGAGGCCAAGGCGGGAGAAUCGCUUAAGCCCAGGAGUUCAGGAUCAGCCUGGGCAACACAGGCUGAUUAAAAAAAAAAAAAAAAAAAAAGUUAGGGGGGCCUGGUUGCUCGUGCCUGUAGUCCUAGCUACUUGGGAGUCUGAGGUGGGAGGAUCACUUGAGCCCAGGAGAUGGAGGCUUCAGUGAGCCAUGAUUGUGUCACUGCACUCCAGCUUGGGUGACAGAGUGAGACUCUGUCUCAAAACAAAGACAAACCCACACACACACAAAACCCCCCAAAACCCAGAAAGAAAAAGUAGUACAAGAAAUCUCAGGAUCAAUAACUUUUUUCCCCUUGAUUUUGAAAGAUUUUCAUAACUACAGGUAGGUUAGAGAAUAUAUUCUUUGAAGAUAAAAAGCACAACACGCAUUACUCAAAUCUCAAUGUCAGAGCUACUGUUGAAUUUAGGUUUAUGUGAAAAUGUGCAUCUAAAGUCUACUUGAAACCCUGGUAAUAUACUUUUAAAGACUGUUAAUAUGGACAUGUUUUUAGUAAGGUCUUUAAAGAUAACUUUAAAGAUAAAUUAAGAGUUGACACAUCAGUUUCUGAAUGUGGAAAUCAUUUAUCAUGUAACUUUACUGAAAUUAAAGAAAGAAUGCUUCUGAAUGUCACAAGGAUAACUAAAAGCCACACAAGGAGGACUGCUGGCCCAUUUCUCUAGUCCACAGGUUGUGCUCAGCUUUAGAAGCCCACACAUGGGCAUCCAAACUGAGUCUCUGGAAUAGAAAAAUUAAUGCUGGACUUCCUCCCCUGUGUAACCUUGGAAGGUUUUAAGUUACACCUUGGGGAACUGGCAAAUCAUUUGCAACAUGUAUUAUAAAUUACAUGAUGUUAAAAUUAUUUUUAAUUUUUUAAAGUAAAAGAAAUGUUACAGUAGGCUUGCCAUAGCUUGAAUGAUUGUGAAAACAUCACAUAACCUUCCAGAAUUUUGGUUACUAAGAAAACUGGAGUGUGUAUGUGUGAAGAUUUUUUAGAAUUGUUACUGGGUUUUGUUUUCUGAAAAUGUUGACUGUAAUGACAUUUUCAAUUAGAAAACUGUUUUAGUUAGUACUGUUAUAUUUUUUGACUCACAGUUAAGUGUCCUAUUUGCCAAUGUUUGUACCUCUGAUGGCAAAAUUAUUCUGAUAUAUUAGACUAGUAUUUGAAGCAAAUAACUUUCUCAACUUGUGGGAAUUUUAUUAUACUAAUAGUGAAAAUGUUAGAGGAUAAGAUUUUAAAUACUUCUUGAUUUAAAUUAAAAUACUAUAAGAAAUGUAUGUAUAUUUGGAUUUGAAGGUUUUUUUUUCCCUGGAUUUAUAAUGAAUUUGGAACUUACAAGAACAAUGAGGAUGAUGGUGCAAUCAGAGUCAUUUAGACAGAUGCUGAGCUUUUUCUGUCCAUGCUAUGAUUAAGUCCUCUGUUUAAACCCAAAUGCAAUGUGGGUGACACAUGAAUAAAAUUAAUUAGAUUAAUUUUGAAAUAAGAGAAUAUGCAAAAUUAACAAAAAAACCCCCCAGAAAACACUGGUCAUCUCCUUCUCUAAUGAAUAAGGAAAUAAGAUCAUAAAUAGUCCCAUCUCGACAUGCAUAUCCAAUUGAAAAAACUGCCCUCACAGGCAAUCCUGGCACAAUCCUAGCACAAUCCUAGGCUCAUAAAAUCUCUCUUUUCUUGUAAAUAAGUCUCCAGUCAUCGUUCUAAAUGGGAAUCAUUUUUAAUGAAAUAAUUAUAACUGUUUUCUGAAAUAUAAUCAUAAUCAGUGUUUCUAGUUCAAGGUACAAUUGAACUAAUCCAUAAUUUUACCCUUUUCUUUUUGAUAAGAGAGUGUUUCAUGAGGAUAUCUUUGGUAGAGAUCUUUUCUCAAGUAUUUUAUAAAAUAUUCGAGUUUGAUGAAGAUAGUAGAUAAAUACACCAGCUGUCAGAUGCCUAUAAUUUUCACAAAAUGUGAAGGAUUCAUUAUAUCUUAGGAUGACCAUAAAAAAAUUCAUGGUGUGGAAUCUCUAAGCAUUAAUAGAGACAACAACGCUACUGCAGUAAUACACAGCUACUACCAAUCAGUGGCAGAGCAACAAAGUGGUGUAUCAGGCAAUGUAAAGUUUUUGCCUUUUCUGCUAAUGCUGUGGUUGAGUUUUCCUGGAAAUGAAGAAAAAAAACAUAGCAAAAGUAGGGUGUGUUAAUGAAUCUGAUGAGCAACAAGUCUAAAAAUAGCAAAAGUGCAAAAUGGAAGUCAAAAAAACACAACUGGCACCUGAGGCAUAUUUCCCCUUCUUUAUCUCCAGUGCUACGCCUCUGCUAAAAAUAUGAAUCACAAAGCAAAGGAAAAAGAGAAAAAAAUUGUUGUAAUACAGUAAAAAUCACUAUAAUAAAAGUUUAUAAAAAUUGAGUUUUUUGGAAUUGACUUUGGCCUAGUGACCAUUACUAUAUUUUUCUUAAUUUUUCAGCAUUUAUUCCAUAAUAAUGUGAUAACAACUGUGUGUGUUACCUAGAGAAAAUGCUGUAGAUCCAUACAUUUGAACAGAAAUGUUUAUAGAUGCCAUAACAUGAUACAUUUGCUUUCUGGUGUUGUUUUUUGUUUACAUUAUUUAGGAAAAUUUUACCUUACCAUCAUAGAUUUUGUUACUUUAAUAAUGCAGAACUAUAUUUAUUUAAUCUAGAUUUUGUUUUAAAAUUAUCAAGUGUUAGUUUUUACAAAUAAGAGGAUUAUAAUGUGGCCAGAUAUUCUUAGAAUUCUUUCAGGUCUAAGAGUUUUCAAAACUUUAAGAAAUACAUUCUAUUUUUGCACCAUUUAAAAUUUUGUUUCCUUUAAGUUUUAUUAAGUACACGAGAAGUUUAUUAUUUUUCAUUGAAUCCAAGUGAAUUUAUGGAUACGUACUUAUCUUUUAUAUGAAUGUAAUAGCUUGCUUUCAGUUCCUCACAGGUCAUUGAAAUUAUUUAACCAAUGAAAACAUUCUCUGUUACUUCCAAAGUCAACUAUGUUUAUCAAAAUCUCACUAGUGUGAGAAAAAUAACAAGUGUAAUAUUAAAGCAUUGUGCAAUAUCUUGAGUUGGAACAUAAUAUUCAGAAAAUUAAAAUCAUUUAAAAUGAG